AUGUCUGGCGCCGAAGUUGCCCUCCUUGGAGUAGGCAUUCUCUGCAAUGUGAUGCAGAUCCUCACCUUCGCCAAGGACUUCAUCCACGUCUACCGCAACAUCCGUGAUGGCCGAGCUCCUGACCCAAAGCUAGACUCAUAUCGGCUUCAUGUUGACGAACCUUCAAGAAGAGGACUUCGUGGUAGAGUGGCUGCGUCGAAGAAAAGUGCACUAGCCCUAUGGCGUGGAAAGGAGCUUGAAGAUGCCGAACACAACCUUCAGCGCCAUGAACAGCUAUUGCACAGCCUCCUCCUGGAUCAGGUCUGCACUCAGUCUCAAGCCGCCGAGAUCACCUCUUUACAAGCUUUCCAGCACCUCGAAGGGACUUUGCGGGACAUCAUCUCACAACUAGCACAUGGCUCCACCAAAGUUUCGGACCUGGUCACAGCUUUAUCUGCAAAUUCAAGUUCUCGAGUGGCAGAUGAACACGCAACAACGAGAACUACCAUUGAAGAUCAAAUGUCUUCGUUGGAGAACACUAUCCGUGAGGAUUCGAAUAUCUUCUGGGUCAGUGGCAAGCCAGCUUCAGGCAAGAGCUCUCUCAUGAAAUUCCUCGCUUCAAACUUUUCAACAGGGACUCAUCUCAGAAACUGGCGCUCGAAUGUACGAAUUCUUACGCAUUUCUUCUGGAAGCCCGGCAAACUGCUACAGCGAAACGUGGAAGGCAUGGUUUUGUUGCUCCUCGAUCAAGUCCUAGAUUGCAGACCUGGACUUUGUCGAAUGUUGUGUGAAGCCCAGCCCUACGUGCGGCACAAGCGGAGUCACUCGGACUGGAGCCUUGAUGAGUUGACAGAGGCUCUGAUUAGAUCACUGGAAGCUUCGCCCGAAGCCUUUUGCAUCUUCUUAGACGGUAUGGAUGAAGCUAAAGAGCUGGAACAUCUGCCCUGGCCCGACUGGACCAAUGCUCAAGUCAUUCACGAACUGCUCAAAGUGGAUAAUGUCAAGCUUUGUGCAUCUAGUAGAGAGGAACACGCAUUUUGCUGUUUUUUCAAAGGUGCAUUUCGGAUUAGGCUACAUCACUUGAACUGUCAAGAUAUCACUCUUUUCGUCCGAAACCGGCUCGUUCUUUCUGGUCUUCAUUGCCGCGAUCGGGAUAGACUUGUAAAUGAGAUUACAAAAAAGGCUAAAGGCGUCUUUCUAUGGGUCUCUAUUGUGUUCGGUCGUCUAAACCAGGCCCUACGCAAGGCCAUGCAACUAUCGAGACACUUCGAGAACGCCUCGAGCAGACUCCUUCAGAUUUGGCUACGCUCUACGCGGACAUGUGGGAUAGAAUCGGGGAUGAUGGCCGGUUACCCAGUGUUCGAACGGCAUCUUAUCAUGUGA